CUGUAACCUGUCAAAGCUCUCGUGUAUGUUGUGAACUUUCAGUUCACCGGAUGAAUCACAGGUUUCUGUAGAUUAACUGGCUUAGAUGGAUCUGAAGGUUAAGACAAUUUUUCGCUGUAGGAUUGGACGGUAAGAACAUUCUGUGUUUCCUUCUACUCAUGGAUUGCUGUGACAGAUCCCCUGGACAGUUCAGGGACUUCAAAAAGGAUGACUUUGAGGCAGAUUGGAUUAAGGUGGCUGAAGGCAAAUUUGGCCAGGUGUACAAAGUCAAAGUGAAGCUCUGGCGGGAGAAGUGUGCAUUGAAAACCUUUGAUGCAACCUUGUGUGGUAACAACUUUUACAGGAAAAUAAGUGAUGAAGUAUCUAACAUAGCAAAACUAAAGUUCAAAUACAUUAUGUCCAUCUAUGGAGUGUGCAGCGAAGCCAAUGCUGUCGUUAUGGAGUACAUGACUAAUGGAUCCCUGAACAAUCUCCUUGCCAGUCACAACUUUAUGUGGAAGAAGAAGUUUCAGAUGAUUCAUGAAAUCUCCAUGGGCAUGAAUUUCCUUCACAGCAUGAAACCUCCGCUGCUGCAUCUUAACCUCAAGACAUCCAAUAUCCUACUGGAUGAUCAUCUUCAUGUCAAGAUUUCAGAUUAUGGUAUAAUCCAGUGGGAAGAUGGCAUGAGCAAGACUGUGUUGAUGGAGCGCCUGACAGCACGAGGCAACAUAAAUUACAUUCCUCCUGAAGUCUUCACCCAGUGCUCUGAUUCACCAGGAACUGCUUUUGAUGUUUACAGCUUCGGGAUUGUGAUGUGGGAGAUACUGACACAGCAGAAACCCUAUGCAGCUACAGUACGCACCUCUGCCAUCCUCUUUCCAUUUUUUGAUGAAAACAGAGGUCUUUUACGAAUAUACAUGAAGUUGAGCUUCCAAGACAAAGACAACACCUUAGGGCAAAUUACUAACUUCUCCUUUCUUGUCAAAGCCACGCCCUGUAGUAUUUCAAACAUGCAGUUAUGUAAUGAAAUAAGAAAGGUUAGCUUUAAGAGAGCAAAGUUCUUUGCAACUUUAUUUUACAAUUGCCUGAUCUGCACUUCUGUACCUUGUUUUCCUUUCACAGAUGACCAACAUGGCAAGUAUGGCAUUAUCGCUAUGCUAUCCAAAAAGGACUUUAGUAGUUUCAGGCAGUCUGUGAAAAGGGAGGACGUGCAGACACAGUAUUCAGGCCGAAAGAGCCUACUUCACUUCACAGUAGCCAGCGGUGAUGCAGAAAGUGUCAAGCAUGUCCUGAGUCUGGGUGCUGAAGUGAACUGUACAACUGCUCGAGGUUACACUCCCCUUAUCAUCGCUGUUCUGCAAAGGUUUUCUGACAUCAUCUCUUUGCUGCUGGAACAUGGAGCAGAUGCAACUCAAGGAGACGAAGACCAGUGGACACCUUUGCAUUUUGCUGCACAAAACGGUGACGACAGAACCAUCCGUCUGCUGCUAGAAAAAGGAGCUGAGGCUGAUGCCCAAGAAAAGGCUGGUUGGAUGCCGCUUCAUCUGGCAUGUCAGAAUGGCCAUGAAACAGUGGUGCGCUUGCUACUUUCGCGGCUGUCGGAGGACGCCACUGUCGCCCCAGAGGAGGAUGAAGGAAGAACACCCCUCCAUCUUGCCUGCUCCUAUGGACACCUCAACAUAGUCAAACUUCUCCUUGGACGGGGGGCUGAUCCCGAUGCUACUGACUAUUUUUUUUCCACUGCUCUUCAUCUAGCAGCAGAGCAAGGCCAUAAUCGUGUAGUAAGACUCUUGUUGACUAAGGAGGUCAAAACUGACAUUUCAAACAUCAGGGGAUACACUCCACUUCAUCUGGCUGCUUUGAAGGGCCAUGCAGGUAUUUGCAGGCAGCUACUGGCAAAUGGAGCUAACCCAAACUCCAAGACUGACCAAGGGUGGACUCCCAUGCACCUGGCAGCCCUAAGAGGACAUGACUCUGUGGUGGUCUCUCUGGAAAGUACAGGUGGUUCAGUGAAUGUAAAAGGCCAAAACGGAUGGACUCCACUGCACCUGGCCUGCCACCAAAGCGAAUCAGAGGUAGUGGCAAAGCUCCUGGCAGCAAAAGCGGACCCAAACAUCAAAGAGGACAGUGAGGGAUGGACACCCCUGCAUGUUGCCUGUACUAGUGUUAGUUUCCCAUGUGUCCUACACUUGAUAUCACAUCAGGCAGAUGUCAAUGUAGUGAACUCAGGAAAUGCCACACCUUUACACCUGGCUGCCCAACAUGGCUGUGUGUCCAUUGUUAAAGGUCUGCUGAUGAAUGGUGCAGACCGCACACUGAAAGACUCUUCUGGAUCUACAGCUCUGAACAUAGCCCAGCGGAGUGAAAAAUGGGAAAUUGUGGAGCUAUUGGAGAACGGAUAUGAAGCAUAAAUUGAGUUUUAUUGUAACCAGUGGGAAUAAAAUAGGGCUCCAUGUUACCAGUAAAGAAAAACGGUAUUGACCAUACAAGAAUAUUAUUUGGCUGCUGAUUAUUGCUUUGGUAAAACAGUUUAAGGUAGGACAAUAAAGUUUUGAAUGUUUUAGCAUAUUUGUUAUGAAAAGGUUUUUAUUUUUUAUUUGAUUAAAAGUACAAAUGUAAAGUUUCAUGUACAGGCUUUCUCCAUUUUUUAUGUCCAGCUUUUCAGCUAAAAGAUGUUGUAGGCCCCAAUAUAGAUUUUGCUCAGAUUGGAUGGGUGUUAAAUGGGCCUGUUGUGAGAAUGGGCCCUUGCAGUAUACUCACUUUGGUUCCCUGAGUAGGUCCAUAUUAAUAGACCCAGUUACCCAUUAUAUAGUAUCUACAUUUUAACUGGUUUCUGAAAUGGUUUACAAAUAAUAACAAUAAAAAAGAAACAAUUCAAUUUAUCUAAGGGGAUAUGGAUCCUACUUUACAUCUAAUUACCAUGAAGGUAGUUUGUAACCAGGGUGCAUGUGGUGCCCACCAAUAUGUGAUGCCUUACUGUAUGUGGGAAGCCACGUUGCCUACAUCAUGCAUAAAUUAGUUCAUAUAACACCAAUUUUAAAUGUUGGUUUGAAUUCAUAUUAAAGCAAUAUUUUCUAAUUCUUCACCAAAUCCCCUUAUCUCAAUGGAAUGGUGUGACAAAACACUGCACACUCAAAUAAUGUAUUGCCAAUAUUGCCAAAGCAGGCAUUUAGAUUACAGAUAAUUGCCUUCAGACCUGUUAAACCUGACAUGUACAUUACAGUGAAGCAUGAUCUUGAGUCUACAUAUUGGGUUCAAAAUAAGGUGAAGUAGAUUUUAAUAGCAAAACCUAUUGAUUCACCUCUUUGAAGCAGUUCAUGUGUACUCAGGGUACAUUCUUCUUGUUGGAAGAAAAAAAAAAGAUGAACAUUUGAAAGAAUUUCUAAAUCCUAUCAUUUCAUAUAGAGACUAUUAACCUUUAAUCUGGUUAAAUAAAAUUUGACAGACUCAACACUGGUGAUUUUAAAUACAAUUCUCCUAAGUCUGCUUAAUGGCAGGGGAAGAUAAUUAUUAGUUAUUCUUAACAGGGCGAUGGAAUUGCAACCCUGCUCAUGCAACGCUCAAUUACCACAGUGACAUCUUAUUAAAAUGGAAUUAAAUGCAUGGAUUCCGGAGCAGCAAUGACCUAUGCUUCACAAGUUUGUCCUCAAACUGCAUGUUCUGCACAUUUCACAGAGAACUAAGAGAUGAAUCCAAUCAAACCUCUAUAAAUGAGGAGCAUAGAUUUGUGCUGGGUUCAAACCAGGCUUCAGUGUUUUUUU